GAAUUCCCAGUCAGUACUCUUCUGUGUUUAAGUGUUACUGUAUAUCUGUUUAGCAGUUCAGAGCUCGGACGUAAAACCUAAGACAAGGGUGUUCGCAUAACAUGGAUGUGCAUACCCUCUCAAUGCACAGGGACCCCAAUCUAAUGGGAGAGCCCUGUGUUCAGAUCUUCGAGCAGCCAAAACAGAGAGGCAUGCGCUUCAGGUACAAAUGCGAGGGUCGUUCAGCGGGCAGCAUACCUGGAGAAAGAAGCUCAGACAAUAACAGAACCUACCCAAGCAUUCAGAUUCUAAAUGUUACCGUGAAAGGAAAAGUACGUGUUACCCUGGUGACCAAAAGUGACCCAUAUAAACCGCAUCCCCAUGACUUGGUGGGUAAGGACUGCAAGGAUGGUUAUUACGAGACAGAGUUUGGACCUGAACGAAGAGUCAUCGCGUUUCAGAACCUGGGUAUCCAGUGUGUGCGGAGAAGAGAAGUGAGAGAUGCCAUAAUGCAGAGGAUUGCGCGAAGAAUCAACCCCUUCAAUGUUCCCCGGGAACAGCUGCUGCAGACUGAGGAAUAUGAUCUGAAUGUGGUGCGUCUUUGCUUCCAAGUUUUCCUGCAAGAUGAGACCGGGAUGUACAACACCACGCUGCCUCCCAUCAUCUCCAACCCCAUCUAUGACAACAGGGCCCCAAAUACAGCCGAACUGCGAAUCUGCCGGGUGAACAAGAACAGCGGCAGUGUGAAGGGAGGUGAUGAGAUUUUCCUCCUCUGCGAUAAAGUGCAGAAAGAUGACAUUGAGGUGAGGUUCUUCACUCAGACCUGGGAGGCCAAAGGCUUAUUCUCUCAGGCAGACGUACACAGGCAAGUGGCCAUAGUGUUCAAGACACCCGCCUACUAUGACACCACCAUCACAGCCCCUGUCACAGUGCGCAUGCAGCUGCGCCGGCCCACAGACCAGGAGGUCAGUGAGCCCAUGGAGUUCCGCUAUCUGCCCGAUGACAAAGAUCCAUAUGGCUGCCAAGAGAAGAAACGUAAAAUUGAAAGCCAGAUGAAAUCCUUCUCUGGCUUCUCCCAAGGAGCCAUGAGCUUCAUGAACAGACCAAAAGCAGUGCCUUCGGCAGGUUUGAUGAAUCAGAGAAUCAAAAUGGAGCCAACAAAUUAUCGUCCAUCAAACCAUGGGGUGAUGCGCCAAAAUCCAACGGGCUAUUAUAACAAAGCCCCUCCAUCCUGCCCCAUGAUGCCACCCCUAACAGAAACCCCACCAUCAGGAACAUACAGUCAAGCAUGGCCCAAUCCAAUCGCCAACACCACCAGUAAUGGAGUAGGCCUACAGCAGGUGAACCCAAGUCCCAGCAUGCCCACCACAGGGGAAAGUGGAAACAGCCUUCCUCUACUGACCGCUAAGGAUCUGGAGUUUCUUCAAUCUAAUGGCCCAACCAGCAGCCAGCCUCGACAGGACCAACCGAACCAGCAGGUCCAGCAAUCCCAACAGCCACCUCAAAGGCAAGGAGUAGAAGGAGCCCAUAACUGGUAUAACUAUGGCCACCAACAGCCUCAAAGCACCCAGAAUGGGGCAACAGGCACUGGUGGGUCAAUGGGAACAGGCUACUUGUAUGCAGGCAACAUAGAUGAUGAUUUAUUUCAAAACCUCAUCGGCAAUCAUCAGCCAGUCCUACCACUGAAACAGGAAGCUCAAGGGUCGAGCAACAUGGCUGUGCUGGGGCCCAGCUCGGACUGUGUGCAGUCCUUCACCGCGCUCCUGAACUCCACCACCCCCAAUGGAAGUACCGCAGAGACCAUGAGACAAAUGGAAGCUGGUGGGCCCAAUCAGAGGGUCUCGCAGAUUUCCUACCCUGCCAGCAGCAUGGGGCAGGAGAGCCAUCUUGAUUCUUUCGCCUGGCAGUACUUCCCUGAAUAGAGUCGAAUUCCAUAAGUGUUCAAGAUUUUGUUCUUUAAAUGUAGGCUCUGAUUCAUGUUCACUGAAUGUAUUUUCUGAAAAUCAGAAGGGCUCGUUGUCCUGGAAAUACUGUAAGAUGCUGCCACCAAUUAGGUAAAGCAGUGAGAUUUUAUGAUGGUCAUGUUGGAGAAAUUUGGGACCAUUUGUCCACAAACGCUCAAUUAUGACAGAUUAAUUGUGUUCCUUAAAGUGGGAACUAGCAGGGAAUUGUCCCUGGGUAAUGGCUAUGUCAUUUUAAACAUGCUUCUUAUCCAAGGUUCUCAAAUGUACUGUUCAAACAAGGGUUUUCUUUGGUUACUCAAAAGUGAUAUUAUGGCUUUAGAAAACUAAGACCAACGUCUUGCUCUGUUUUUACUUUAUUCAACAUACACAAGCUUUUACAUUGCAUUUUCUAUGGGUUUUUGUAUUUUUAUAAAAUUAAAGUUUAUACUGCUGAACAUGGAUUUUGUGAUUUCAUGUAUGUAAUGUUUGAUACAUUCUGAGCUGAUUUGUGGCAACAUUACUGAUAUGUGGAGGUGACCAAUGUUUGUUUUCAUUCAUACUGGUAAUUUGAAUGCAUCAUUUGUUUCUGUUUCACAUUCUAAAGUACAGGUAAAUAAAGGAUUAAACUCUC